AAAGAUAUGGAUCUUCUUCUUCAACAGCUAAUGAUGGUAAAAAACUUGUAUCUGAUGAUGUAAAAUAUUCUGGAAAAGCAAAUUAUGAACUAGAUUUAAAAGUUAAUUGUAGAAUGACCUCAACCAUCCAAUCAAUUGAGUCUCCUUCUCAUUUGAUCUCUACCGAGUUGAAUAUUGAUGGCAAUUCUAAAAUUUCUAAUGUUAUUUUGGCUGAGCAUAUUACUUAUUUAGAUAAGGAUUUUAUUCUAGUUGUCAAGAGUGAAAAUCUUGAUAAACCAAGGGCAUUCCUUGAAUAUAAUCCUAAAACAGAAUCUAAUUGUUUAAUGUUGACAUUAGUUCCAAAAUUUUCUUUAAGCCCAAUUCAAACUGAAAUAGUUUUUAUAGUUGACAGAUCAGGAUCAAUGCAAGGUGAACCAAUUAAAAAAGCAGGCCAAGCAUUAGAACUAUUUCUACGUUCACUACCAGAAGAUUGUUACUUUAAUGUGGUAUCAUUUGGUAGUAGUCAUGAUUCACUAUUUCCAAAAUCUCAAGAAUACUCUCAAGAAACAUUGAAUAAAGCCAUCAACUUGGCAAAAAAAUUAGAUGCAGAUUAUGGUGGAACAGAAAUUUACAACCCUAUAAAAUGGGUAUUUGAUAAUCAAUUGAAAACUAUGACCACCACUUUAUUUUUAUUGACAGAUGGUGAAGUUUGGAAAGUUGAUCAAAUCAUUGAAUUGAUUGAUCAAAAUGUUGAAGAUAAAAAGCAAAAUAAUGGUUUAAGAAUUUUUACAUUGGGUAUUGGUGAUAGUGUUUCACAUAAUUUAGUAGAAUCAGUUGCUAGAGCUGGUAAUGGAUAUGCAGAAUUUGUUACUAAUAAAGAAAGAAUGGAUAAGAAAAUUUUGGGAAUGUUGAAAAAUGCUGUAAAACCACCUAUCAAUGAUUAUGAAAUUAAAUGGACAACAAAUAUUGAAAAAUUAUUGAGACACAUUAAAUUACAACAAGCACCUUAUAAAAUACCAGAAAUUUACCCAGGUGUUAGAUUCAUAGUUUAUUGUAUUUUAUCAAAAGACGUUCAACCAUCCAAUGAAAUUAUCUUGACAGCUAAAUCCUCAGAUGGACCAAUGAAACUGAAUAUACCAAUAGAUCAU